ACGGGCAAUAAAAUGGGCAAGUUGCCUUGCCGCGCCCUAGCCGCCUAUAUAUCGCGCAACUCAGUGCAAUACUUAUUGCAAUCUUGCAAGUUAUCCCUGUGAUAGGUAUUGCAUAUUAAGCGUCUAAUAUCUAGCCAGCUAAACUGUGUUAGUGGUAAUAUUAGUGAACUUGGAAAGUUAUGAUUUGAGAAUACAGCAGCAAACGCGAAGUGCAACAAUUCAGGCAUUAAAAUAAUUAGGUACUUUUACUACCAGGUCUCUAUCUUGCUCUGUUGUAUAGGCGUGUCUCUUUCUAUUCCUCGGUCGACCAUCGACAAGCGGCCAAUCGUUUGAAAAUUCAACCAUCUUGAUUGUGCAAAUUCGCGCGCUUGGGUUUGAUUUCAAACGUGUUCCCGCGCUUUUUUACUUUUUUUUUUAAUGACUAGCGAAGAACAAAAUACUAUGAAUAAACGCCUGUGGUCAAACAAGAAAAUAAUAAAGUUUAUAAAAGAAGUUCACAUGAGACCUGAAUUAUGGAAUGUCUCCGUGAGUGCAUAUCGAGACCGCAAAGCUAAGUUUAAUGCAUGGAGUGCCGUCGCCGCACAAUUCAAUAUUACGCCCGACGUGGCCUACAAAAAGUUCAGAAAUCUGAGGACCUAUGCACAAACUGAACACAAAAAGAAGGGUGGUAAACAGAUAACUUGGUUCGCUUAUGACGCAAUUUCCUUCAUUUUGUCAGUAGAUGGUCGUGGUACAGGAGUAGACAGCGAAAACUCUACUAAAACUUCUAUAACCGAACACGACGAUGAUGACAGUCCUUUAUCAGAUGAAUCUUCGGAUUCCUCAGAGGAACCACAGAUAAAAAUGGUUCCCAAGAAAGAAAUCACAUUACAACCACCGAAACCAAUAGAAAGGAGUGGAUCUUUAUUUAAUGCAAACGAAAAUAAAGAAAGAAACUCGAACAUAAGUUUUGGAGAAUACGUAGCGAAUAAACUAAACACGUACGAUGAUUACACUCGAGCUCAAGCCGAGUUUAAAAUAAGCAAGAUUCUGUUUGAUGCGGAUAUGGGAAUGUUCAGACAUUCGGAGAGGCAGUUUCCGCCUCAGUUUGCUACGAUUUAUCCGAAUUAUUCAGAGCCAUCUGAGAUGUCGGGAGGUAGUGAUUUGAAGACCCAAUGCGAUUUUAGUAUAGAACACCAGGAUUUGCAAGGACCUUCUAACAAUCGUUCGUAGGCUUGGAAUUUUACUUUAAAUUCGUAAGCUGAUUAAUCGCCUACAUCCUAAGCUUAUUCGCAUGAGCGUUAAAAAAGCGUUGCGUUAAAACCCGGCGUUGCGCUGAAAAUACA